UCUGCUAAGGACCAUGAGAGAGUUACUGCAUUUUUGUGAAAUUAUAAAUCUAGUCUGAAGGGUGGCCUAACUGAGGAAGAAUGGAAGGGGACAAGUUGGAAACUUCAACCUUGCCUCCAAAAGAUUUGCAUUCUGAGGUGAUGGUGGCGAUGACAGGAGAACCUCCUACUGCUGUACAAGAAGAAGUAGAUAAAAAAGAUGUGGAAAUCGUCCCAGAGGUCAUAGUGCCACUGUCCCUCCUGGAUGUGCUGAGGAUCCGUGCAGUCAUGGAGGAUGUCAUCAACCAGCUGUCUAUUCUCGGCUACAUUAUGCCAAUUCAGUAUGAAAGAAAGCAGAGCAUCAGUGCGAAAAUCAGCCAAGAAAAACCUUCAGUAGUCCCAGGUUCACGGAAAACAUCUGCUCCUUUGUCAUCUAAAGAAGUCAAACAAGGAGGUCAGCAGGACUUUAUCUUUAAAAAGCCUAUGAAGCAGGCAGUAAUGACCCUGGAGACAAUGAAGAAAAUUCAGAAUGAUAGGCAAUUUUUCAGUGAUGUGAUUGCAAACACCAUGAAGGAGAUGCAAGAGUCAGGCUCUUUCUCAACUCUCCUGGAAACUCUGAGCAAAGAAAGGGAAAGCAAGAUGCAUUUCUAUGGUGCCGUAGCAAGGGAGGAAGAAGGAAGAAAACAGAUAAAAUCUCUUCAAACACAGCUAAUUGAUGUGAAAAAAGAGCAUCAGAUGGAAAGGCAGAAUGGGAAUGAAUAUAUUGCUCGCCUCAAGGACCAGCUGCAAGAGAUGAAAGCAAAACCCAACUUGGAAACUCUUUAUAUGAAAAGAAAUACCGAGUUGCAGAUUGCCCAGAACCAGAAAAAAUGUGAAGAAGUCUUGCUGGAUGAAAUUGAGAAAAUAAGAAUGAAAACUGAAGAGGAGAACCAGGUUCAUAUGGCGAUCGAGACAUUCCUUAAAACAGAGCAGCAGAAACUUGAGAAGAAGCUAGAGUUCUGGAUGGAGAAGUUUGAUAAAGACACAGAAACAAAACAGAAUGAGUUAAAUGCUCUCCAGGCUGCCAAGGCCAGUGACCUGUCACAACUUCAAGACCUAGCAAAGAUGGUGCUGGGAUUCCUGAUCAGAGAGUAUGAGCAAGUCAUUACUGAAGACCAGAUAGAAAAGGAGAAGAUCAGGAAGAAGAUAGAGCAGGAUGAGUUGGAACUGAAGAGUAUCAUAAAGCUCCAGGCCUGGUGGCGGGGCACAGUGGUACGGAGGGAAAUUGGAGGUUUCAAAAUGCCCAAGAAAGGAAAAGACGGCAGCAAAGCUUCAAAAGACAAAGGCAAGAAGAAAAGGAGAGGCAAGAAGUGACCAGACUGCUGCCCUUCCCUCUGGUGUCUGGAAAGGCCUCGGGGUUGUUUGCCUCCGGGUGACACUAGGGGAUUUCCUUUGCCUAUUCUGUUUUCUUCUGUUGGCUUUUCCACAGGAGCCCAUACACACAUAGCAUGUACUUACGUACAUAUAAAUAAAAAUUAAAAAAAAUUCCAAGGUACCAUUUAUAGUUAUCAUCUAGCAUAUAUGUAUAUGGCAGUUUAAUAAAAUGUUGCUUCUUGCCUA